UUCAACAAGCGGUCGUUGCCGUGGGUGAUCCUUGAAUUUGCGCCCGAAGGGAUCCCCUCAGUCUGACUAGGUCUGUGUCGACGUGAACUCCUUUCGCUGCUGCUAGUUUUGUCCAAAGAAAUGCCAACGUUCAGAAAACCGAGCAAAAAGGCGAAUAGUUAUGAGAUUUUAAAUAACAACGUAGACUAUGGCUCCCGGACGAUCGAUCGUAUGCCCAGGGCCUACUGCGAUCGAGCCAGUCCCUAUCGGGGACGGGUGGAGUUUGGCGAGAAAACACGGCGGGCAUGCGGAAGUGUGAUGUCGUUUUAUCUGUGCGCGUGUAAAGCGAUUUUCGUGGGCGAUGUCGCGACGGGCAAGAGCUCGCUGGUAAAUCGAUUUUGCCAUGAAAUUUUCGAUGGAGACUACCGCGGUACGAUCGGGGUGGAUUUCGAGGUGGAGAAAUUUCACGUGUUGAGCCAUGCGUACAGUUUGCAGAUAUGGGAUACAGCAGGCCACGAGAGAUUCAAAUGCAUUUCCCAGGCUUACUAUCGGAAUGCGAACGUCAUCGUGGUUGUGUUCGACCUGACGCGAGCUGAAUCGUUGAUGAAUGCCCGGAGGUGGUUGGACGAUGCUAUGAAGCUGAAUCAUCUGGGAGCUUUGAAGUUCUUAGUUGGGACUAAGAAGGACCUGUUGGUACGAUCAACGAUCCCUGAUUGGUUCGACGACCACUCCUUGCUGGCCGUGGAAAGGGAAGCAGAAACUAUGGCAAAUGACCUGCAGGCCGAAUACUGGUCCGUGUCCGCCCAAACGGGGGAAAAUGUUACCCAAUUGUUCCAAAGACUCACUGCCUUGGCGUUCGAUUCGGCCGUCCAGCGAUUGAUGGAUCCCAACAAUCCGGUCGUACACCCCAGCGGAAAUAGUCUGCUAAACCUCUACUUCCUCAAAAAGGACGAAAAAGACAAAAAGCUGAAAAAGUGUUCCUUCUGUAAAAUAAAUUAAUUUAUUCAUCCAAGU